GCAUAGCACGAGCCGAGCACGAGCAUAGCACGAGCAUAGCACGACCCUAGCACGACCCUAGCACGAGCGUAGCACGAGCAUAGCACGCACACAGUUGGCGCUAAGGAAUUGACAUUUAGGCGGGUUGUCGUCGAUUCGAUCUGUGGUGGUUGUCUAACUAUAGCGCGGUGUCCAUGGGGACCAAAGUGAAGUUCAUGCCCCUGUGCGGGGUGCAUUCGGAAGCCCCUCUAUGUUACCUCCUUCAGCUCGACGAUUUCACAUUUCUUCUGGAUUGCGGGUGGAACGAUAGCUUUGAUACCAAUCUGCUCAAACCUCUGCAAAGUGUGGUGAAGGAUAUAGAUGCCGUUCUUAUAUCUCAUCCAGAUACAGCGCAUCUUGGUGCUCUUCCAUAUGCGUACGGAAAGCUCGAUCUGAAAGCUCCUGUGUAUUGCACAAGGCCGGUUCAUAAGUUGGGAAUCCUGUACAUGUACGACCAUGUCCUAGCGAGGCUGGCAGUUUCAAAGUUCAACACCUUCACUCUUGAUGACAUUGAUGGCGUUUUCGAGAAAAGCAUCGUGGAUCUGAAGUACUCCCAGCAUCUUCAACUGACAGGAAAAGGUGAAGGUAUUACCAUCACUGCAUACGCUGCAGGUCACCUGCUUGGGGGAACAGUAUGGAAGAUAACAAAAGACACAGAGGACAUCAUCUACGCAGUAGACUAUCAUCACCGGAAGGAAAGGCACUUGAGUGGUACUGUUUUGGAGACUUUUGUCAGGCCUGCCGUGCUCAUUACGGAUGCAUACAAUGCCUUAAGCAAUCAAGCAUUCAAGAAGGAGAGGGAUCACCUCUUCAUAGAUUCGAUAAUGAGUACUCUUCGAGGCAAUGGGAGUGUACUGAUUCCUGUCGAGACUGCAGGUCGAGUGCUGGAGCUCAUCCUUUAUCUAGAACAGCACUGGGCUACAGAGCGGCUGGCGUAUCCACUUGUGUUUCUUACGCAUGUGUCUUAUCAUACGAUUGACACAGCCAAAAGCUCGUUAGAAUGGAUGAGUGAUACUAUUUCCAAGACGUUUGACACCUCUCGUGACAAUGCCUUUGAAGUCAAGUACAUAAACCUUAAACACAGCAGAGAGGAGUUUGACAGCAUGUUGACAAAGGGACCUCAGGUGGUUCUUGCUUCAACAGCCAGUCUGGAAGCUGGGUUUGCCCGUGAUCUAUUUGUGGAAUGGGCGGGAGACCCAAAGAACCUUGUGCUGUUCACAGAAAGAGGACCGGCAGGAACACUCGCACGCGUAUUACAGGCCGAGCCGGCACCGAAGGCCGUGAAAGUGGUUAUGAGCAAAAAAGUGCGCUUGGAGGGCGAGGAACUGCAAGCAUACGAGGAGGAGCAACGCAAGCUCAAAGGACUGGAUGCUGCUGGAACAUCUCCUGCAACAGAUACAGUCAUGGAGAAUGCUGGAGAGGAUGGGCCUGAAAGGACUGACGGUGGCACGCAGUCAGCAGAAGCUGCAGAAGGACAGGUUUUGGACCAAGUUGCAGGGCUCCGUGCCCCUCCGAACGUCAAUGGAGGGGUUAACCGACUGAGGGAGACGUUCUGUGAUGGUUUCACACCACCAGCGAAAGCGGUUGCGCCAAUGUUUCCUGACGACAGAGUGAUGACAGACUGGGAUGAGUAUGGAGAGGUCAUUAAUCCAGAUGAUUACAAGGCACCCGAAGCGGAUCACAUGGAGGUCGGGAGUCCUUCGGCAGCAAACAAGGAUGCAAAUGGUGGCCAGGGAGUUGAUGAGGGGCAGGAAGAAAUGCUCGAUGAAGGGCCAACAAAAGUCGUCAUGGAAGAAAUUACGGUGCAAGUCAAAAGCAAAUUGCAGUAUGUUGACUUUGAAGGCCGUUCUGAUGGGAGAUCGAUGAAGACAAUUCUUGCACAUGUUGCGCCUCUUAAAAUGAUAUUGGUUCAUGGGUCAGCAGAGGCCACAGAACAUUUACGACAGUACUGUAUUCGGAAUAUCUGCCCACAUGUGCAUGCCCCGCGCAUUGGAGAAUGGGUAGAGGUCUCCUCUGAUACAAAUGUCUUCAAGGUUAGACUCACUGAGAAGCUCAUGACCGAGGUGAUAUUCAAGAAGUUGGGCGAUUAUGAGGUGGCAUGGGUCGAUGGGGUGGUGGGCAAACCUGAAGAAGAUGAUGUCCUCCCUCUAUGGCCAUGCAAUGAUGGAACUGUCGAAGACGAGCCUGCCCCGCAGAAGGCCCAUAAGGCAAUCUUUAUCGGCGAAGUGCGUCUAGCAGACUUCAAACAGCUUCUUACAGCGAAAGGAGUGCAGGUACGUGCGAGCAAGGAUAGGACGACAUGAGGAAAAAAAAGAGAGGGAGAAUAAGCAGGAGGAGAGGCUGGUCACAAAGAGAUGAGAAAGCUUGAGAGUGAGAAAAGUUAAACCACCAGUAUACCUCCUAAAGU